GAUAAAUAAGCCGUAGAGUUGAUGAUAGCGAAAUAUUCAAGGAGUAUUUUGUCCUGUCUCCAGACAAACUUGUUGGCUGCCGCUGCCGCCACACAUAUGACAUUUUAUUACUUCUAGAGUACAGUGGAACCUCAAAAAUCGAACGUAUCACAUAUCAAACGUUUCGAAAAUAGGACCAUUUUUUCGGACAAACUGUGUCCCUAUUAUCAAACAUGCCCCUAUUUUCGGACCACCGGGUACGGGACCUGUCUGCCGGCCCGCUCUGUCCGCGUCCCCGCGCAGGCGACGUGAGCAGUCUAGCUUUGUUUAUGCUUGAGUGAACACUAACCUGCGCUCUCAUUCACACAUUUUAAGAUUAUUUCGUUGUGUUUAGUGCUUGUGGGACUGUGAAAUAAGCUGCCAUGGGCCCAAAGAAACUUGCUAGUGGUACCCCUGUGGUAAAGAAAGUGAGAAACACCAUAGAUGUGAAGAAGGAAAUAAUACAGAAGUAUGAGAGUGGUGUGAGACUUGUUGAGCUUGCCAGGAUGUAUGGGAAAAACAAGUCGACCAUCGGUUCUAUCCUGUCAAAGAAAGAACAAAUCAAGGAAGCUGAUGUUGUGAAAGGUGUUAAUAUGCUAACCAAAUAAAGACCACAAAUAGUUGAAGAGGUUGAAAAGUUGUUGCUGGUGUGGAUCAAGGAUAAAGAGAUUGCAGGUGAUAGUGUUUCAGAAACGAUUAUUUGCGAAAAGGCAAGGAAGUUGCAUGCCGAUCUGGUACAGAAAACUCCUGGAACCAGUGCCGAUAGUGAAUUUAAGGCCAGCAGAGGCUGGUUUGACAGAUUUAAGAAGCAUAGUGGCAUACACAAUGUUGUAAGACAUGGUGAGGCAGCCAGUUCAGACAAACGGGUGGCUGAGAAGUUUGUACAGGAUUUUAAGGGGUACAUAGACAGUGAAGAAUUGAAACCUGAACAAGUGUUUAGUUGUGAUGAAACAGGCUUGUUCUGGAAGAAAAUGCCAAAAAGGAUCUUCAUCACACAGGAGGAAAAGGCACUGCCAGAACACAAGCCUAUGAAAGACAGGCUUACUCUUUUGUUCUGUGCUAAUGCUAGUGGCGAUUUUAAAGUGAAGCCUUUACUUGUGUAUCAUUCAGAAAAUCCCAGAGUGUUUAAGAAAAACAAUGUCUUUAAGAACAAGUUAUGUGUCUUGUGGAAAGCUAAUCAUAAGGCAUGGGUCACAAGACAAAUUUUCAAAGAGUGGGUCCAUGAAGUGUUUGGCCCCAGUGUGAAAAAAUACCUCCAGGAAACGAAAUUGUCACUCAAGUGCCUCCUGUUAAUGGAUAAUGCUCCUGCUCAUCCUCUAAACUUAUUAGACCUCUUGUCUAAGGACUUCAAUUUUAUAAAAGUGAAGUUCUUGCGUCCUAACACCACUCCUCUCCUCCAGCCCAUGGACCAGCAGGUCAUUUCUAACUUCAAAAAGUUCUACACAAAAGCAGUGUUUGAAAAGUGCUUUGAAGUGACCACAGACACUAAGUUGACCCUAAGAGAGUUCUGGAGGAAUCACUUCAACAUCUACAGUUCCAUAAGCCUUAUAGGUAAGGCUUGGGAGGGAGUGACUUCCAGAACUUUGAACUGCUUGGAGACAAUUAUGGCCAGAUUGUGUCCAAAAGAGGGAUUUUGAAGGGUUUGAGGCUGACCCUGACCCUGACCCAGCUCACCCUCUGCCUGUUGUGGACUCUAUUGUGGCAUUGGGGAACACCCUGGGGUUGGAGGUGAGUGGUGAGGAUGUGGAAGAGUUGGUGGAGGACCACAGGGAAGAGCUAACCACUGAAGAGCUGCAAGAGCUUCAUCUGGAGCAGUAUCAGACCACAGCUGAGGAACUUGCUUCAGAGGAGGAGGAAGAGGGAGUGGAUGAGGUGCCUUCUUCAAAUAUUAAGGAGAUUUGUGCCAAGUGGAAUGAUGUCCAAAUGUUUGUGGAGAAGUACCACCCUGAGCAAGCUGAAACAAGCCAUCUUUGCAACAAGUUCAGUGACAGAACCAUGUCCCAUUUUAGGGAAAUGUUAAAGAGGCGCCAGAAACAGAGGACUGUAGACAGUUAUUUUGUGAGACAGGGGUCCACUGACUCUCAAGCUGGUCCUAGUGGCAUUAAAAGACAGAGAAGGGAAGUAACCCCAGAGAGGGCUUUACCUGAAGUCCUCAUGGAGGGGGAUUCUCCUUCCAAACUCUAACCCCAACUCCCUCUCUCCUCCUCCCUAUCUUCCAGAUGCCAUCACCAAUCUUCAAUAAAGGUAAGUAAAAAUUUUAUUUUAUAUGUAUUACUAUACAUAAUACUAUAGUAUUUGUUGUAUGUAAAACUGUAAUUAAUCUCUAUAAAAUGUAUUUUUUGUGUGAAUAUUUUUGGGUUUCUGGAACGGAUUAAUUGUAUUUCCAUUAUUUCUUAUGGGAAAUAUUGCUUCGAAUUUCAGACUUUUCGAAUUUAGAACCAGCUCCUGGAACGGAUUAAGUUCGAUUUUUGAGGUUCCACUGUAUAUAUCAAGUUUCUAUGUUAUUUAUAUUGUUUGUUAUGUCAUAUUAGAUGAACUAUGAUAGAUAAAUAAGCCGUAGAGUUGAUGAUAGCGAAAUAUUCAAGGAGUAUUUUGUCCUGUCUCCAGACAAACUCUCGUUGGCCGCCGCCACAUAUAUAAUGACAUAUUUUAUUCAUUCUAGAGUAUAUAUCAGGUUUCUAUGUUACUUAUAUUGUUUGUUAUGUCAUAUCAGAUGAACUGUGAUAGAUAAAUAAGCCGUAGAGUUGAUGAUAGCAAAAUAUUCAAGGAGUAUUUUGUUGUCUCCAAACACUUGUUGGCGGCUGCUGCCGCCACAUAUAUAAUGACAUAUUUUAUUCAUUCUAGAGGAUAUAUCAGGUUUCUAUGUUAUUUAUAUUGUUUGUUAUGUCAUAUUAGAUAAACUGUGAUAGAUAAAUAAGCCGUAUAGAUGAUAUUAGCGAAAUUACUCAAGAAGUAUUUUGUCCGGUCUCCAGACAAACUGUUGUCCACCGCCGACACCGCCCACACCACUACAUGAAUUACAUAUUUUAUUCAUUUCAGAGUAUAUAUCAGGUUUCUAUGUUAUUUAUAUUGUUUAUUAUGUCAUAUUAGAUCAAUUGAGAUAGAUAAAUAAGCUGUAAAGGUGAUAUUAGAGAAAUUAUUGAAGUAAAGAAUUCCACUGGAAUGGAUUAAUUGCAUUUCAAUUAAUUUAAAUGAGAAAAAUUUACUCUGCAAACGAGCAAAUCCAGUUGCAAGAAAGGUCAUGGAACGGAUUAAACUCGCAAGCAGAGGUUCCACUGUCUUGACAGAGCUCUUGUAUUCACAC